GCUGGGUAAGUUUCUAAUCAAACCGACGAUAACCAAACCAGAUCUCUCGGUCCAGGUUUCGAGUGAAGUAAACCAUUGGUUUGGUAUAUAACCUGAACACUUCGACGAAUCUGUAGAUUCCUCAUUUUGUUACAUCAGAAACCGAAGCGAUGCCGCCGUCGUCGACGCAGUCAUUGACCGUCGCAGCAGCGAAGACGCUACGAAACCGGAUCUUCUCCAGGUCCGGAUCCACAUCCGCCGGCCCGAGCCGCUGGGCCACGCCGGGCCACGAGGAGCGGCCCAAGGGCUACUUCAUGAACCGCACUCCUCCGCCGCCGGGGCAGUCGCGCAAAUGGGAGGAUUGGGAGCUUCCUUGUUACAUCACGAGCUUCCUCACGAUCGUCAUCCUCGGGGUCGGGCUCAACGCCAAACCUGAUCUCUCGAUCGAGACCUGGGCUCAUCAGAAGGCCCUGGAACGUCUCGAGAUGGAGAGGCUCGCCGGAGAUUCAUCCGAUUGAGCAUCACCGGAACUUUUGUUUCAGUAUCUUUUGUUAUGAUGUCGAUAAUGAUGAAAUAAGUUGUCUUUUAACUGUUUCGACGCAUUUACAAUUUCUCACUUUUUGAUUCGCUCGUUUUGAUACAACAUCUGCAAUUUGAUUUGCUCGUUUGCCUAUUGAUAAAGAAAGUUUCUGUCUUUCCUGAUGA